GUCGAAUAGUACAAAGCGACCGGGUAUCUGCUACCGUGUCCUUUUGCUUGACGAGGGCCCCUCUAACAUAUCCCGCACACUCCCUGGAAUUCGAUCCGACCAAGGCACCACCGAACGUCCAUCGCAUCCUGGUUCUGGGAGUAAGUACGUGACCCACUUGUUGUCCUAAUUAAGGAUGUAAUAAGGGACAGUUGUCACCAGGUGCGCUCAUUGUUCACCUCUUUGCUGGAGUAUGCGGAAUUGCCACUCUCGCGGACGCUUUAGCAGAAUCAAGUGACUCGAGGAAGGAGCAUGAGAGGACGAACCUGCCGAGCAGAGUGUCAGCGCCAGCUCGGAAGAAGAUUGUAAGCUACAUUGAGUUUGUGACUUGACUGAUUUCGGCGUUUGAAUUCAGUACUUCGACCUACAAGGCGUAGGAGACUCCCGGUCUGGCAAACAGGGCAGGGAUUCAGGAAACUGCUAUCGGGGUGCGAGCUUGAUGUUGGGACCGGAAGCGAGGCUCGGGCACUGAGAGGAACGUGCGAGGGUGCUUUGUUUUCUGCAGAUCAUACAUCCGAGCACGCAUCGCAGGAGCCAGAAGAAGAGGAAGGGGGUGGUGGGGCAAGAUGAGUCUGCUGACGACCGACCUGUGUGACGCGAACAUGGACAGGAUUGCGGACGGGAGAGUGCUCGUCUUAGCUCCGCUGUUCAAGAGCUAUGGCAAACGUGAACACUUCCACGGCCCUGUCACGACGCUCAAGGUGUUCGAGGACAACACUUUGGUGCGCAAAGCGCUGGAAGAGCCUGGGUCCGGCAAGGUCCUCGUGGUGGAUGGCGGCGGCAGCCUCCGGUGCGCGCUGCUCGGUGGGAUGCUCGCCACGCUCGCCCGUCAGAAUCUAUGGGCUGGCAUCAUCGUCAACGGCUGCGCCCGUGACGUCGAUGAAAUCAACAGCAUCGACAUCGGCGUCAGGGCCUUAGCAUCGCACCCUGUCAAGAGCUUCAAGCGAGGUCAAGGAGAACGCGAUGUCCCCGUUGUUUUCGCCGGUUGUCGAAUUCUACCCGGAGAUUGGUGCUACGUGGACAACGAUGGAAUUGUGAUAUCUGUGGGUGGUGAAAAACUGCACAAACUCGCUUCUGCGAUCUGAUCAAUCGAUUGAUCGAUAUGUCUGUCUGUCUGUCUCGAGCUCUCGACAUUCAUUUGCUCGUUAGCACGUCUUCUCUUCCCAGCUGAAGUUCUCCAGUGAUGGGUGAGGAAAGAGCAGAGGCAAAAGCAAGAGGCUCUGAGGACAUGGCCACGAGAACUCCUGCUGUGCAGAAAAGAUGUCAGUUUGGAAGCUGUGCGGGGGAGGAUGGUCCAGAUCAUCGUCUUUUGUUCUUUCAACGAAGCGUUGGUAGAGCGAGUGAGUGACUUGUCUGGUGUGAUUCUCCCCACUAGGGCUCUGAUCUUAUGAUCCACUUCUCAUUUGAGCAAAAGCUUCAAAGAUAACGCGUCCUUCGCAACUCUUUCGUUUUAAAGAGUUCCUCGAGCAAAUCACACUUCUGCUUGUUCUUACUCUUAUUCUCAUUCUCGGUGCUCUUGUAUUCCAUGUCGUCCACUUGUGUUAGUAGGCACAGGAUGCCAUCUUUGAGCAUCAUUUAUGCAGCCUUCAUCAAACGUGCACUGUAUGAAAUUAUUUUUUUGUCUUUGAAGAACUUUCUCUCACCUUAACUUAUCCUCAUGUCGCAAUACAGAGAAGUAAUAAGGCAGAGUAGUCUCCUCUAAUUUGGGUAAUAUCAGUUCGCUCCCAAGGAAUGCUUAAAUGACAUAACCAAUACACAACGGUGAGCUUCAGGUUUUUCAGGUUUUAGUCUUUAUACUCCGUGUCGGAAGAGUUAGCAGAACAGAAGCUCUGUUCAUGUAUUCUACAAGACUUCCAAUCCCAUGAAUUGUG